GCCUUCUCCAUGUAUCUUGGCUGCCUCGUGGUCAGGAAGUCAUGGAGGGAGACUAGUGCCUAGUGUUUGCAGAACCUGAAAACUUCCUUAAGCUGCAGUUGCUGUGCUGGCUUCCUAGGACAUUCAGCAGCUGGUCCUGUCACCUGCCAGUACAACAUCUGUCACUGGAGCAGGAACUUAUGGUCUGUUGCUGGUAGAAAUGACAGCAAUACUCAGCCUGUAUUUCACAGGUGAAUGGUCUUCACACAUGAAGUUUCCCAAAGUGAUUACACAGAGACCCUGGGAGAAGGACAACAACAAGAAUGAGUGAGUCUCUGGUAAAUACACCACAGGGUCUGUUAACUUUCAAGGACGUGGCCUUGGACUUCUCACUGGAGGAAUGGGAACGUCUCAGUUUUGCUCAGAGGACACUGUACAUUGAUGUGAUGUUGGAGAAUUACAACAAUCUGUUGUUUGUGGAAAAUCAUUGCAUACGUGGAAAGUAUAGGAAGGUCUUGGAUCAAGACAGCCAGUACAUUGUCCAUGAACACAUGAAUAUUCAAGAGAAGUCUUCUAAAUGGGACAAGCUUAGCAAGGUGCUUCUUGAUUCCCCCCAAUAUACACCUUACAAAACUUAUCACAGCUCUCUUCAAUACUGGAACCAAAAAAGACUUAAGCCCAGGAACACUAAAGAAGUUUGCAAAUACAAUGACUCUGUAAACAGUGUAAGUUUGUUUUCUACCAUUAGUCUCAAUCAAGGAAUCCACAUGCAGAAGAAAAAACACAAGCGAAAUGCAGAAUUUGAGAAGGUUUUUGUUUCUAAACAUAAAGACAUGGUGAAACAAAAAAAUACUGGAGUGAACCCUUACAAAUGCAGUGAAUUUCACAAAUAUCUUACCCAGAGAGAAAAACUUCAAACUCAGCAGAGAAUUUAUCAUGGAAAGAAACCUUACAAAAGUAGUAAAAGUGACAAAUGCUUUACCCAUCAGAUCCAUCUUAGAAGUCAUCAGGGAAUUCAUACAGGAGAGAAACCUCACAAAUGUAGUGAAUGUGACAAAUGCUUUACCCACAAAUUUAAUUUGAGAGCUCAUCAGAGAAUUCAUACGGGAGAGAAACUUUACAAAUGUAGUGAAUGUGACAAAUGCUUUACUCACAAAUCCCGUCUUAAUUAUCAUCAGAGAAUUCAUACAGGAGAGAAACCUCACAAAUGUAGUGAAUGUGACAAAUGCUUUACCCACAAAUUUAAUUUGAGAGCUCAUCAGAUAAUUCAUACAGGAGAGAAACCUCACAAAUGUAGUGAAUGUGACAAAUGCUUUACCCACAAAUUUAAUUUGAGAGCUCAUCAGAGAAUUCACACCGGAGAGAAACCUUACAAAUGCAGUGAAUGUGACAAAUGCUUUACCCGAAAAUUCCAUCUUGGUAUUCAUCAUAGAAUUCAUACAGGAGAGAAACCUUACAAAUGCAGUGAAUGUGACAAAUGCUUUACUGGAAAAGGCAGUCUGAGAAUUCAUCAGAGAAUUCAUAUAGGAGAGAAACCUUACAAAUGUAGUGAAUGUGACAAAUGCUUUACUGGAAAAGGCAGUCUGAGAAUUCAUCAGAGAAUUCAUACAGGAGAGAGACCUCACAAAUGUAGUGAAUGUGACAAAUGCUUUACUGGAAAAGGCAGUCUGAGAAUUCAUCAGAGAAUGCAUACAGGAGAGAAACCUUACAAGUGUAGUGAAUGUGACAAAUGCUUUACCCAAAAAUCCCAUCUUAAUAUUCAUCAGGGAAUUCAUACAGGAGAGAAACCUUACAAAUGCAGUGAAUGUGACAAAUGCUUUACCCACAAAUCCCAUCUUAUUAAUCAUCAGAAAAUUCAUACAGGAGAGAAACCUUACAAAUAGUUUACAUGUGACAAAUACAAUACUCACAAUGUCAGUCUGAGAAAUCAUGAAUUUUUUCAUACAGUAGAGAAUAUUUAUAAAUGAAGUGAACGAGACAAUCCUUUACCAAGAUAUAUCAUCUUAAAAUUCAUUAGAGAAUAGUUAGAGAAGACAAACUUUUCAAAUAUAUUGUAGGUAUGAAUCCUUUUUUUUUUUUUUUUGGCCUAUUUCCUAGACUGUAACAGUGAAUACUUACAGGCUAGAAACUUAACUCAUGCAUUGUAUGAAGAAAUAUCUUUGACUUCACUUCAGGAUAGAGAGAACAUCUAAGAACUUUUUAGGGUAAAGUAUUUCUGUUGGGGAAAAUGUGGCAUAUGUUUUAUUCAUGGUGUCCUGGCAACACUUGAGGCUCCACACUAGAGAAUUAGUGUGAUUAUGAAAAUCUUGUCAAAACAUUCAUGCAAUGUUCAAAUCUUAGAUAAUGUUAACUAUUUAUGCUGUGAGAAACUCUGAAAAUGUGAAAAUGUAGAAAGCUUUUCAUGACACCUUUUUACUUGUUCACCCUCAAAUGUUACCAGAUGAAGACAAGUUGGGAAGUCAGAAGAUAGUAUUGUGUAACACUUUCAUUGAGACUGAAAUAAUCCAUUUCAAAGGAAAACUAUUUAAGGUCUUUAAUGCAAUCCUCAAAAUAUCUAAUAAAACUGAUAACAUUCUGUAUAUUUAAUUUAAAUGAUCCAAUUAAGAAAAGUUAUACUUAAAAAAGAGUACCUGGCAAACUGAGCCACCCAGACAGCAUAUUCUUUAUCCUAUAAAUAUGCUUACAGAUGUGAAGUGUGCUUCGAGUAUCUACUAAUCAGAAUUCUUCUCAAAUGCUUGUUUGUCAUUAUAGGAUAACAAAUGACUCUGAGUUUCUUGUGAUCUGGUCAACAACUCCUUUCCUAUUGUCCUGUAACUAACUCCAAUAAAGCUGAAAGAUUCAACAAGUU